ACCCAGCACGGUCUCGCAAGUCACAAAACCCUCAGUCCAUAAAAGAGUUUCAUAUUUUUCUUUCGUGGUUGCAAAAAUUUCCUUGGAGAAAGAGAGAGAGAUAGCUAUCCAAGAUAAUUGAAAAAGAAACGUACUUGGGAUUUUUGAAAGUCGAGGCAGAAAAACCCACAUACAGAAAAAGAUUCUUCUUUGUGUUUCUGUCAAUUCCUUGAAAUGGACCCAAGAGGGAGCCUCUGAUUUUUCCAAGUGUGGAAGCCAAAUAUAUAUUGAAACGGAGCCAUUCAAGAGCUUGCAUAGAAGAAAGCAGAGCGUCUGAGAAACACAGAGGGAAAAAAAAAAAGAAAAAAGUUACCGUGCUAUUCUUUGUAGGAAGUUAUAGGAGAUGGGUGAAUCAGCCUGUCUUGUGAGAUCGUUCUCUCAUCCUUCUGAGAGUUCGCGUGAAGCCAAACAGGGCGACCCCUUUCAUGCACUGGGAGAGUCUGUCUCGUUUGGUAGAUUUAUGACAGAACCCUUGGCUUGGGAGAAAUGGUCGGCAUUUUCCCAUAAUCGCUACUUAGAAGAAGUUGAGAGGUUCUCCAAACCAGGUUCUGUUGCUCAAAAGAAAGCUUAUUUUGAAGCACAUUACAAGAAGAAAGCCGCUGAAAGAGCGGCAGCUUUAAGUGAGACUGUAAGUGCUGUCGCUAGUAAUGUUUUGGGGUCGGUGACUAAUAACAGAAGUUGCAAUAACUUUUUGCCAGACUCGGAUUUGGCAAAUGGAGAGAAUCAUGUGGAUGGACAAUUGGAGAAAGAUGAUCCAAAUGAUAAGGUAGUUUACCCAGCCAAUAUGAGUGAGUGCAACUCAAACGUUGAGAGGAAUGACUUGGAUGUUGACGUGGCUGAAGGAGCGGAGAUGGUAGCUCCAGAAGGUUUUAGUUUGGAGAAUUAUAACAAGGUUGAGAUUUCUAAUCAGUUUGUAAAUGAGGAAGACCAUGACAAAAUUUUAGCGAACAUAGAAGAGAAGAUUGUUAAUAAUGAGUUCGAUGUUCCCAAGAAUGAUGGAGCAGAGAUGAUAAUUCAGGAAGGUAUUAAUUUGGAAAAUUCUAACCAGGUUGAAAUUUCUAAUCAGUUUGUAAAUAAGGAAGUCCAUAACAAGAUUGCUGAUAAUGAAUGGGAUGUUGCUAAGGUUGAAGGAACAGAGGUAGUAAUACAGGAAGGUAUUGAUUUGGAGAAUCCUAACGAGGUUGAAACUUCUAAUAAGUUUAUAAGUAAGGAAAAGCAUCAGAGAAUUGUAGCCAACACAGAAGAGAAGAUACUUAAGAAGGAAACUGCUGGUCAGGAGAAUGGGUUUUUAUCUUUGACGAGCAAGAAAAGAUUGGCCAACUCUUCCUCAAAGAUAUCAACUCACAAUAGACCAUCCAAGGUCUUGUUAUCUUUGCGCAAACAAUCGAACAGUAUUGCUCCUAGGAGUAAGAAAUCUGUGGAAGACCCUAUGGACAAAAAGAAAUCAAGUGUCAAAUCAUUCCAAAAGUCUGUUCAGUUUUCUUCUCACUUUGUUGAAAGCAAUACAACUUCAUCUGCUAUACGAAAGUUCGGAAACUCAAGAAUCUCUACAACUUCACUAAACAUGUCCAAGAGUACUUCAAGUCCUCUUAAAGCAAUAACCGGGCUUCAGGCAUCUGUUAGCAGGGUACUGAAGAGACCUUCUGUAGACAUACAGACUGAAGAUAAAAGGUCUAAAUCACUACUUAGCAAGUCAGUUGCUGGAGGAUUAACAGCAGAUCAGAAAUGGAAAUCUCUCUCAACAGACUACUUGAAAUAUCCUAGUGGAAAUGGAAGUAAAAUACGAUCUUCUAUGACAUGCUCUCCUUUUAGCUUCAGGAGUGAAGAAAGAGCGGCAAAGCGUAAAGAGUUCUUUCAGAAGCUUGAAGAGAAAAAAAUUGCAGAGGAGGCUGAAAAUAAGCACCUGGAAACAAGAGUGCAGGAUGUUAAGAAAAUGAGGCAGAGCACCGGAUUAAAAGCCAGACCAGAUGAAGAUAUGUGUUCUGGAUCACACUUGCCCAGCAAUCACAUGAAGAAGAUUCCUUUGACACGGCCUCGAUCACCGAAGCUUGGUAGGAAAUCCACUUACAGCAAGGUCCCGGAUUCAAGUUCUCGGCCUUCAGUCAAUGCCAAAAGUCCCAAGUGUGUUGUGGAGAAAAAUAAACAGAGUACAAAUAGGUCAGCCACCUCUCGUUUGCUGAAGAAUGCACAUGAGAAUGCCUCUCCCAAUAUCCAGAGUUGAAGCAUAUUGGGAUGAUGUAGAGAAAUUUUUUUUUUUUUUUUUCGAAAUGUUAAUUAACCAAUCACCACCUAGAAGCUACUUCUGUAUCUAGGGGAGUAUGUGAUUUGUGUUGUGGCCUGCCUUUCUACUUACUGUACUAGAAAAUUUUGUAGGAUUUAUAUUUCUUUGCGGAAAUAUUUAGGAUGUUACCAGUUAUGGCAUUAAGAUGUAUUCUGGAGUAAAUCCUGUAAAGA